AUGUCGAGACUCUGGAACUUUCUCCAUAUGUUAUGGUAUCAAACGACCUUCAAGCCACAACCACUCCCCGAUGAUAUCCGGCUCGAAGGACUGACGGCCAUUGUGACGGGUUCCAAUGUGGGUCUGGGAUUCGAGGCGGCCAAAGAACUAGCAUCGCAUGGUAUAUCAAGACUGAUUCUUGGUGUUCGCGACCCAACCAAAGGCGAAACAGCCAAGGCUGAAUUUGCUCGAGUGGCCCCUAAUUGUAACAUACGGGUGUGGCAAUUGGAUCAAGAGUCAUGGACAAGCAUGGUAGCUUUCGCGGAACGCGCGCGCACUGAACUAGAUCAUCUUGAUAUCGUAUUAUUGAACGCAGGGUUGAAGAGGUUGGAGUUCACUCGAUCGCCCACAGGCCACGAGGCGCACGUUCAAAUUAAUCAUCUCGGAACGGCACUGUUGUCAUUGCUUCUCGUGGAGCCAUUGCGACGGACCUCGCAAAAAACCGGCAAACCAGGCCGAAUGACCAUUACGGCAUCUGGCGUCGCAUUUGAUGCCCCUAUACGCGAUGUCGCAAAGCCUAAAGGAGGGAAAGGUAUUAUCCCCUGGCUCGAUGAUCCAGCUUCAUUCGUCCCUGGACAAACUCGGUAUGAACUGUCCAAGCUACUCGAUAUAAUGUGGACCCGGAUCCUCGCCGCUCGACUCGACCCCACCGAGGUUAUCAUUAACACUAUCAAUCCGGGGUAUUGUCAAAAUUCAUUUCACCGCGUCGAUCCGAACGCAGAGAUGUUCUCCAAAUAUAUCGCUUGGAACAGCGCCCAAGGUGGUUACCAUUUGACUGAUGCUGCUGUGCGACAUCCGGAUAGCCACGGGGCAUACUUGACCGAACAGAGAAUUAGACCCGCUCCCAAAUUCUUAUAUACCGCCAAGGGCAAGGAAACAGAGCAGAAGUUAGGGGAUGAAACAAUAGCACUAUUUCAACAAGAGUGCCCAGAGGCAAACAUUGAAAAAUUCACUAAGAAAUGA